UAAGUCUCAGGUCAUGCAUGUUUUCUCCAUCAGUGCUCGUGACUGAGGAAGAGGACAGAGGAGCCCUGGAGUUGACCUUUGACCUCCCUCAGUCUCCUCUGCUCAGGCUGAGCCACGUGCUGCUCCUGGUGUUUCAAAGUCCACCUAAAGGUGAAGACCUGGAAGUGACCUUCUCUAGUCCGUCUUUGCAGCCUCACACGCAGUCUGUGUGCAUUUCAGCAGAAACCGAGUACACACUGUUGACAGGAAACGCAUCAGACGCCAGCUCUGGUCAGAAAUGGAGGAUUUCUGUUGAGGCCAAAUCCCCUGAUCUGAAGCAGAACCUUAAAAACAUCCUCAUUGGUGAGAAAUCAGGAAGCAGUACCAACAUAACUCCACUUCUGCUUUUCUCUGGGGGAACUGAGACAAGUCGUGUUUCAGGAUCGACCCCGUCCUCGUCACAGACCUUCUCCUUCCUGUGUGAGCUGAGGCGCUUCCUGUGUGAGGUCCUGCCUCAGAACCGCCCUGAGUCCCCUCAGCUCCAGCUGGGCUCGCUCCAGUCCCUGCACUACCUGUCGCUGGGCUUGUCCUCCAGCGAGACCCUGCUGGCGGGGCUGAUCAACUCCUCGUCCACCACCGUCUUCUCCUUCUCUCGAUGGGGCUCCAUGCUUCAGGUGCAUCACGGACAGUUGGCUCUGUCUCCUUCUCUGUUGGAGGAGCUCAGGCAGAGGGUGGAGCAGAUUGGGAUGCAGAUAACGGAGGUGAUAGGGGGACAGGAGGUGGGUAGCAGGGCCAAAGAGAGGCUGGGGAGGCUCAAAGAACUCAGUGCUUUACCAAAGACAGAACCAGGAGCAGGAGAGAACCAGUACCGCGCCUUUCUUCUCCUGAAGGCCCUGCAGACGGUGGCCCGUUCCCACGAGCUGCAGGUAGGACAGCGGACCCCCAGAGCCGGCUCCACUAACCCGGCGAGGGGCAACGUCUGCAGCCUGAGGAGUCUCACCGUCUCCCUCGAGAAGCAUCUCAUGGGGCCCAACACGGCCGUCAUCAACAACUGCAGAGGCUCGUGCGCGUUCCCCAUGUUGAACACCAACAACCACGCCGUGCUGCUCAACUCCCACAUCGAGAGCGGGAACGUGGAGGAGCGCGCCCCGUGCUGCGUGCCCGUGGCCUACGAGGCCCUGGAGGUGGUGGACCUGAAUGAACACGGCACUUAUCUCUCCAUUAAACCAGAUGUUGUGGCGAGGGAGUGUGGAUGCCGCUGAAGCCGUGUUCAAGACACCGGAGAGAUUUCACUUGUUUCAUCGUCACUGUAGCCUGUUAGAUGGAGCAAGUGUUUUGUCAUGCGCACUAUUAAUAAUAAUAAUAAUAAUAAUAAUAUUAAUAGACACAUAUUUAUUCAGUGAGGUCUUCUUCGUACGUUGGAGUAAAUGCACACAACAAAAUGUUCCCCUCAUUCACAAAUGUAUUGAAAACAAAAAUAUACAUUUUAAAAGAUAUUUGAUGUUAUAAUUCAUGUAUCAGUAUUAUCAUCACUGUUUGUUCAUCCAUCUGAGAAGUUCUCUGCAUAAUAAGAAGACAUUUUAUCUAAUUAAAAUGGAUAUUGAGUCUUUUAAUGAAUAUUGCCAUCAUCUUUGAAAAUAUGUAGUAUUAUUCAAAAAGGGUGUAGAAAUACUGAUUUAAUAUGAUAAAUAUUUCUGAAUAAAAUCUUUUAUUGUCUAACAUACAACGAUAUUUAAAUGUAACAGUUUUUUAUUAUUAAAUUCAAAGUAUAAGA